CCACAAUUCUCGUUGCCAGCGCCGCCAUUGUGAAGCGGAAGACGCAGAAAUAUUUAGAGAACAAAAGAACAAAGCCCAUACAUUUGCAUAAACUAUCAGCCAUUAACUUACUUAAAUUAUUUCAAUAAGUGUUAUCUAAGCCAUGAGUGUCGCUAGUGCCGAGAGAAAAACGAAAAAGAAAGGAGGAGGGCUUUCUGGGUUACUUCGAAAAGAACAAAAAGAUCCUGUCACAGAGGAAGAGCUCAUGAAAAAAGAUACAAUAUGUCCCGAUGACGUUUUAAGGUUGAAUAGAAUAACAGAAGAUUAUCUGUGCCCUCCUGAAGCUAACAUAUAUGGUAUAGAUUUUACACGAUUUAAAUUACGAGACAUGGAUAGUCAGACAGUGUUAUUUGAGGUUGCAAAACCGCCACCUUCAGAUAAUGGAGAGUUUGAGUUUGAUCAAGAUGAAAUGGAUCCAAAUGCUGGAAGAUUUGUACGCUAUCAAUUUACACCUCAGUUCCUCAAACUGAAAACAGUCGGUGCCACGGUAGAGUUUGUUGUGGGAGACCAGCCAGUGAACAAGUUCAGGAUGAUAGAGAAACAUUACUUCAAAGAUCGUAUACUGAAAUGCUUUGACUUUGAGUUUGGUUUCUGUAUACCACAUAGUCGCAAUACAGUAGAACAUAUAUACGAGUUCCCGCAACUUGAUCAGGAUGAAAUUCGAGAAAUGAUUGAAUGUCCGUACGAGACAAGGUCAGAUAGUUAUUACUUUGUGGAGGAUAAACUCAUCAUGCAUAAUAAAGCUGAUUACGCCUACAAUGGUGGUACCUGAGACCUGAACAUACAUCCGUCCAUCUGUCUGUGUAAAUGAUAUAAAAACUUCAUCAUAUAAAAUUGGACUAGUUUUUAUACUGAUUUGAAUGUAAAUGUUGCUGAUGGUACCGCAUAUCUCAAUGGUUGCCAUGGAAACCUUUGAUGUUUUUAUCAUGCUCUUCAGAUAGGAAGCUGAAGAAUUGCUGUAGAGAACUUUUACAUUCUUAUAUUUGUCCGUUGAAAUAUGUGCAAGUUGCCAUAUAGAUAGUUUGCUGAUAAUUACAAUUUACCUCCUUUGAUUGAAGUGGCAGCCAUUUUGUUGGUCAUUAUUCAAUAUGUAAAAUUGAUGAAAUAUUGAAAAUAAGUAAACAAAUCACUUAACAUUUUUAUAUAUGUGAAGAAAAGUGUUGCUUUAGUACAAAUAUCAAAAAAAUUUACCAGCUCGCCUAAAAAUUGUAGAAUUAAUACAGAUGUGGAUCUAAUCUUUUAAAACAUAUGAUAUAUUGGCAAUGACCUUCAGAAUGGCAAUCAGGGGAGAUAAUGCAUGUUAUGUAAGAAGCAGCUGUUAGUUAUCAAUGAGAUAUAUAUGUAUCUAAAAUGUAAGAGUUCAAUACUGUUUUACUAAUCUGUUUAUGAAACUGAUAUAGAAAUAAGCUAGAAAUAAGAUUAUUGGUUCUGACUGAACUAUAAAGAAAAAUGAAAAAAUGAGUACCUUUCAGAAAGUUGCAUGUUCCUUAUUCUUUAAAAGGUUUACAGAAACCUUAUGAUUAUAUGAAUUUGAAACUUAGACUGUACAUUUGAAUUUUAAGUUAAUGAUUAAAAGAUUGACUUUGCAAGUGUUACAUAGGUCAAAUUAAUUAGAUAGCACACUUGUAUGUUUUAACUUCUGUGAAAGUAAGCGGCCCAAUAACUUACAUAUGUCGCCAGUACAGAGCAAAUCAAGUCUGCACUUUUUCACAUACCUUCUUAAUUAAUCUUGUUGACAGCUUGAUUUAAACAUUUUAAUAUGGAACUCUUUUUCCAAAAAUGUACAAAUCCUUGUAAUGGUUCAAACAUGCCAAUUCUAUAAAUCAAGCAGGGUAAAUGUUCAACAAAAAUUAUAAGCAAAAUGAUAUUGAACUUAUAGAAUACUUCUUUACUUUUGUUUGACAUUUCUUUAAAAUGUUUUAACCCUUACCUUGUGGGAACAAGAAGUGACCACCAAGUAUAGAGCCAGACCAGAUGGUACAAUCUCUACUGUUGGCUGACUUAACUUCAAAUAUUUAUCUCGGUAUAAGCUUACCUAAAAUUGAUAAUGGAUUGUUCCAAAAAUGGAAGCGGGACAAGUCCAUUUAAGAAAUUCAGCAGGUUAAGGGUUAACUUAUAAAGAAUGUCAUAAAUUGUAUGCUUCCUGAAGUAUGAUUUUAGUUUUACAUGUAUGACUGGUUUUUAAGUCUUUUUUUAUGCAUAAUGUGCAAUGUGUAGAAUCAAUCGUAUGUAACUACACAAGUUUUUGAUUUAUACGUCCAAACAAUUUGUUAGCUUCAUAUUGUAAAUGUAGUAUUUUUUUUUUUAUUAAACAGUUUUAUGAAUGUUUAUUAUGUUAAAUAUAGAUAAUUGUGUGCAUAAAUGACCAUAAUGUAUGUUAACAAUUUAUUUUUUCUAUAAACUUUGUCUAAAAAUAGAUUGACUCUUUAAAACAAUUAAUGUAACUGUCGAUAACUUUUUAUUCUUAGGAAAAUAAAAAGAAUGGGUUUAAAAUAACCUUACACAUAGAGCAGGACUCUUAUUUACAGAAAGUUUUACUCACAAGCAGAUUCAAAUUAAAAGAUAAAAAUAAAUUUCAAUUUAAUUUAAUAGUCUGUGGGAAAGUUUGCCUUUGGAAAGUGUUAUCGGAUACAUGUAUUUUACAUUUAUUUGUUUUAAUAUUCAAAUAAGAAUAUUGUUCUUGCUUUAUUUCAUAAACAAAAAUUUCUACUUUAAUAGAAUUUGUCGCAUGAUAGAAAAAUAUUUUUUCAGACGUCAGAUUAUUGUCUCCCCCCCCCCCCCCUUUAAGAAUAUGUUACAGUGUCUACUUACAUAUCUGUUGUAUAGAUAAUGUAGACAAUAUAAAAUGUUAUGACUCUUAACAUUGAUAUGUUAGGCCUAUAUUGUUACCAUCAUUCUGUACACCAGUAUAAUAGUAUACAUUAUCUGGUUUAAGGGACCAGUCCAAAUAGUCGGAUACAUUCCAUAUGAUGCUUGGAAAGUGACAUUUUUCCUUUAGUAUUUUAUAUAUACAUUGUAAAAUGUGUUUUUAUCCAAUAAGCAUUAUCUUAUAUGUAGGGGAAACUAGAGGUUAAUAUUUAUUGUAUAUACGAGUUACAUACUUUUAGAAUGAAAUCCACAUUGUUUUAUUUUCAAUGGAACAAACAAUGCAUUAGAAAGCUUUAAAACUUUCUCUACAGUCAUGAUUCUUACAUUUGUUUAUAGAUUUGGUAAAGCCUAUUUUCUUAUAAAGUUUUCACUGACAAAUAAUUAGGACUAAAGUGUCUAGUUGUGAAAUUUGACCAUUUUUGCUCGUAAAAUAUCUGAGUAAAUGAUAUCAAGAUAAUUGUCGAUUGCUUAUUACAAAAUAACAAAAUGUUUCAUUUUCACCAAAAUGGCAGAGUGAUAAGAAGUCAUUCACUUUUUUGUAAAGCAAAUACCUCGCAUACUUUUGUUUGUACACCAUUCCAUAUUUUUUUAGUUAAUGCUUUAGCUUGAACUUCUUAACUAAACAUGUGUAUAUAUUUUUGAGUUGCCGUGAAAUGAAAUCACCAAAGAGUUCUAGAGAAAUACUUGCAUAAUGAAUGUUUUGCCGAAUAAGUUUUUUUAAGAAUUAUUUAUUUAAAGUGUUAAUAGUAAUUUAUGAUUUGUUUUUCUAAUUGUCUUACAAUUAAGUCCAAUUACAGUAUUUUUAAUUUAUUGAUAAUUAUUGACAGAUACUUGUGACUUUAACAUGGUUUCAUCUAUUCAUUUAUUUUGUAUUAACAUAUUUUUUUUUGUUCUGAUUUAUCAUUUAUGUAAAAUAUUAUCUUUUAUUUUGUUUGCAUCGAAAUAUCUAGGAGUGAUGAUCUAUGUGAACUUUAGUGCCGAUAUUUAUGUAAAUACUACAAAAAGCUGUUUUUGUAUUUAUUUGUAAAAGAUAGAAUGUAAUAUAUUGUCUACAUGUAUGUAUGGGAGAUUAGUUGAAGUGGAGUUAAUGUUUAUCAGAUCAUUCUAAACUUUAAGAUACAGUAAAGUUUGACGAAUUUAUGAUAUCUUUAUAUUUUGAUUUCAAUAGAUUUAUUAGAAAGUUUUGGAAAGCAAAAUUGAAGAAGAUUUAAUAAUAAAAUAAACAGCUUAAAAAUUUAUAUGUAGUUUUUUUUGUUUGCAGAAAAUAAAAGAUAAAAUGUUAAAACCAUUGUCCAAAUGAAAUUCUUAGCAAUAACAUCUAGUUAUCUAUGCUUAUGUUUGUAAUAUUUUAUUUUUUGUUUGUUCUGGACUAUUCAGGAAAAGUUAAGUUAUAUAUAAAAUAUAUUUAUAAAGGCUUUUUUUUUUUGUAUGACAAUCAAUGAUUGUUGCUCUUAAUGCAUGUAUGCUUGUAGCUUGUUUUGAUGACCCUCCAUAUAAUUGUACACACUAGUUUCAUUUAUUAUAAUAUAUUUCAUUAUGAAGUGUUUCACAUGUGUACAUCCCGUAAUUUUUUUGUCACACAUAUAUUCUCCACAUAUUUAACAAGGGAGUCUCACUAUAACAGCGCUGUUCCAUUUACUGGCAUUAUAACCUAUAAUAUGACAAUGUGAUUAUGUUUUAACAUGGGCAGAAUGGUUAAGUAGAAGGUAUUUUUACAGUAACUUUGUAGGAUAUGAUAGUGUUACCAUGGUAACACCUAAUGCAUGGUGGUCUCCUUGCACCAGUACAGCUACAAAUCUUGCUAUACAAAGCAAGUAUUUUGUGAAUAUAGGAAAGAUCAAAAUGCCCAUGUUUUCUUCACAGAUAUAAGCAUUGUAAAAAGACCUCAGAAGUUAUAAAGACUAGAUAGUGCAUAUUCUUUUUGUAUUUUGUAAAAAACAAUUUUUUUUGUAUGUGUGAGACUAGAGAUUAAAUUAUUGUAGAGUUGAGAUGUAAGCUCUAAUGAUUUGUGAUGUAUUUGUGUGCCUUUAAUGUUGUCAUGUGCUCUGUAAAUUGAUAUAGUAAACUUUGUACUUUUUUCACCUGUACAUUUUACAUAAGACAUACAUUUUCUUAUUUUAUCUUCUCUGAUCCAUUUAUGAAAAAAAUAAUAUGCUGUCCCAUUAUGUUUUUGAACACCUUAGUGAUUUCUGUAAAAUACUGAGAAUUUUCAUUGAUGAUAAUCUAUAUAUUGUCAAAUUUAUGGUAAAACUUUAGAAGAUAAUUUCCUUUUACAAGUGUUCCAUAGUUCUUGAUAUUUUUUUUCUGGAUUAAAAAAAAUAAAUUAAUUUUUACUGAAGAAUUAUGUUUUAUUAUUUAAAAAGAAAUUUCAAUGUGCAGGGUUUAUAAGGUGAAAGGUUAAGAUCACAUAUUUCAAACUAUGUCAUGGGAAAUCUUUUGUCUAUGUACAUGGACUUUCAAAGUGAAUGUAACAUCGUGUAAAAGGAAAUUAUUUGAAAAUGCAUGGUCAUAGUUUUUGUGUGCUGCUUUUUUGUUAUGAGCAAAUGUGCAAAAUUAUUUACAAUAAAGCACAUGCAAAUUAUGUUUGCUAAAAUGAUGUAUUGAUUAUCAAAUAACCUGUUAUAUUUAUAAGUUAUGACCUCCAACUUACAUAUUAUUUAUUCUUCAUAAAGUGAAUAAAUUAAAUCUGUCCUAAAUUAGAGUGGUUGCAUUGAAUAUUCCUGAAAAAUAAACUAGGGAGGUUGUUAAGAUGCAUCUUGUGCAAAAUUCUCAUGACUACACUAAGUCUAGUAUUCAAUAAAGGAACAGCUAUCUUUGAAUAAGAGCAUUGUCCUCUUUAGGAGUCAUGCUAAUCAAACUAUACCAAAGAGUGAUAUAUCUAAAUGGAAACUGAAUAAGAUAAAAUGGUCCGUCCAUGUAUGUUUUUCUUUUUUGUUGCAAUAUAUUUUUUUACUUGAACAUAUCAUUUCUAUUUUAUGAUUAUUUUUUUCAGAAAAAAAUAUGUAUCUUCUCUCCUUUUUUUUAUUCAACUUAAUUAGGAUGCUACUGCAUAAUAUAUGUUUGAAUAUAUGAAAAUGUCUGAAGCUUGUAUAAAUCUGUAGAAUUUUGUAUGAUCUUUAAUUUGAUGUGAGUGACACAGAAGAUUUUGUGAACAAGUUUAAACUAUAGUGAUACAAGAGGGGGUAUCUGGCUGAAGUUAAUGGUGUUUGCUUGUAUGUGCUCGGAUAUACCAGUACUGUAUAAACUGUCAAACAAUGUGAACCACCACCAGUAUAGCUAGAAUGUCACCUUCAAAAUCUUACAAUGUUUAUGUGAAUGACAACCCUCCCUCUUAAAAUUACAAAAAUUGUAUUUCCUUGCUUUAAGAGCUCUUACAUAAAUAGGUAAGAAAUGUACUUUACAGGAACUGUGAGUUAAGUGUAAACACAAAUUGAAAUUUUCAAGGUGGCCCAGUGGCCAGGAUACAAAUUUCUGUUUUCUUGAAUAGUUAUUUACAAGUAAAUGAUGCAUUAUAAUGUCAAGAUUAACUGAUAAGGUCUUUAUAGGCAAUCUUUAAUUAGUUACAAAGUACAUAUUGCAAGUUACUUACAAUGUUUGGGUUAUAAGCCUAGUCCUGUUUGAUAUUAAACAUAUGUGAUAAUUACCUAACAAUAUUUUGAAUUACCAAAAAAAAAAAAUAAUUUCAAGUGAGUUUCAAGUUUCUUAAACUGUUUUUUAUCAUACUCAGUUUAAUUUGUUAGUUAAAGGAAAGGAACAAAAAAGAAUCUUGUAUUGUUUGUAUAAUAAAGGUUGUAAAUUGCCACAUAAAACUUCAAUUUAGAUAUAAUUAUAAUACUUACUCAUUAUUAUAUUGAUUGUGAAGUGAAUGUGUCAUUUAGUUCAAUUAGAACUGUAUCAAAUUUUAUUAUCUUUUGUCUUGCUCAUCUAUCUCCUGUAUUUUGUUUUGGAUAAAAUGGUAAAAGUCUU